UGCAGCUGCAAUCAGUCAUUUAAUUUGUCAAAUUUUCAAAAUAUGAAAUAAUCUUUUGUGUUUUACAUGUUGAUUGUGUAAUGUAUUUACGUUAAUUAUUUUAUUUCCAAUACAGCAAUUAAUUACUUAUUAUACGUGUUGAUUUAAUAAAAGUGGCCGGCAUAGGUUAUGAUCUGGAAAUAGUUUAUUGUUAAUGGUUAUUAUGUUAUAAAAUAGAUCUUCUACAUUUUUAACCCUAGUUUAAAAAAAAAAAAACAAUGUCGAGGAUAUUAAAUCAUCGUAUGAGAGCUUCACUGAAGAAGCCAUCAUGGUCACCCAUAGACAAGAGGGCACUAGCAUUUUCAAUAUACACCGGCCGCAGCUUGUUAUUACACAAGCCUAUAGCCCCAAGUCAUAUACCGAGAAGAAAGUAUGGCAUGCUAGUAGCGAGAGCUGUGAGGGGAAUGUUGAAGAUACGAUACUUGAUACUAGGUGGGGCUGUUGGUGGAGGCAUGACUUUAAAUAAGAAAUAUGCAGAAUGGAGAGAUGGCCUGCCAGACAUGGGCUGGCUUAAUGAACUACUUCCAGAUAACGAUCAGUGGGACAAAUUCACAACUACCCUCAUUUCUGCUAAGGAUAGAAUUGGUGAUCAGUUUCAAAUUGGGGUGCCACUGACGCUGUCGGUGACCUCAGAUCCGCGGCUGCGGGAGGCGGGGGUCGCACGGGCCACCGAGCUGCGGGAGUGGCUGUCACAGCGGUACGAGGACGCGGUCGCCGCCGCCGCCACCAACAACACCACGAGCAAUAUGGAUCCAGCGCCGAAGAUCGUAAACAACCUGCAGAGUAAACCCGCCCCCGCCCCGGCUUCCGGUCGGACUCCCGCUGAAGAGAGCGCAGCAUAUGAGAAGCGCAUCCGCGGCCUGCAGGAGGAAGUGUUGUCGCUGCAGGCGCGCUACCAGCGGGAGCUGCAGCGCCUCGAGCAGGAGAACCGCGAGCUGCGCCAGCAGAACCUGCUGCUGCGCCAGGGCCGGCUGCCCCCCACCAGGAAGAUGAAGCGCUCGCUCAUCGACAUGUACUCGGGCGUGCUGGACGAGCUGGCGGGCUGGGAGGCGGGCGAGGCGGGGCGGCUGCCGCGCGUGGUGGUGGUGGGCGACCAGUCGGCGGGCAAGACGUCGGUGCUGGAGAUGAUCGCGCAGGCGCGCAUGUUCCCGCGCGGCGCCGGCGAGAUGUGCACUCGAGCGCCUGUGAAAGUGACUCUAUCGGAAGGACCGUACCACGUGGCACAGUUUAGAGAUUCCUCGCGUGAGUUUGAUCUCAACAAGGAAUCUGAUCUCGCUGAUUUAAGAAAGGAGGUGGAGAUGCGCAUGCGCAACAGCGUGCGCGGCGGCCGCACCGUGUCGUCGGAGGUCAUCGCGAUGUCGGUCCGCGGGCCCGGCCUGCCGCGGAUGGUCCUCGUGGACCUGCCGGGAGUUAUAUCGACGCAAACGGUAGAUAUGGCGGCGGACACCAGAGAAGCCAUUAAGCAGAUGACCAAGCAGUACAUGGGUAACCCCAACGCUAUCAUCCUAUGCAUCCAGGACGGCUCGGUGGAUGCAGAGAGGAGUAACGUGACCGACCUGGUGGCUUCCUGCGACCCUCAGGGGAAGAGGACUAUAUUCGUACUCACCAAAGUCGAUCUGGCCGAAGAGAACCUCGCUAAUCCAAAUCGGAUCCGUCGUAUCCUCGAAGGCAAGCUGUUUCCGAUGAAGGCGCUGGGCUACUACGCCGUGGUGACCGGCCGCAGCCGCAAAGACGACUCCAUCCAAAGCAUCCGCGAGUACGAGGAGAGGUUCUUCCGUUCCUCGAAGCUGUUCAAGGAAGGCCUGGUAGCGGCGGCGCAGGUCACGACCCGCAACCUGGCCAUGGGCGUGGCGGAUUGCUUCUGGCGGAUGGUGCGCGACACGGUGGAGCAGCAGGCCGACGCGUUCAAGGCCAUGCGGUUCAACUUGGAGACGGAGUGGAAGAACACAUUUCCGAGGCAGCGCGAGUUGGACCGCGACGAGCUGUUCGAGCGCGCGCGCGCGGAGCUGCUGGACCAGUCGGCCGAGCUGUCGGCCGUGGCCGCGGCGGCGUGGGAGGCGCGCCUGCACAGCGCGCUGUGGGCCUCCACCGCCGAGCGGGUGUUCGGCGGCAUCUACCUGCCGGCCGCCGCGCACGCGCACGACGACGUCGACAAAUUCAACACAUCAGUAGACAUAAAACUGCGCGAAUGGGCCGACAGCGAACUGGCUCGGCAGUCCAUCGAGGCAGGUCGGGAAGCCUUGAGGGAGGAGUUCGACGAGCUGUUGUCGCGCUCCGCGGACACGGACGCCGUGUACGAGCCCGUCAAGAAGGCCGCGGUCGAGGAGGCGUUGGCCAGGCACCAGUGGGAGGAGCGGGCACAGGACGUGUUGCGCGUGUUGCAAGUGAACGCGCUCCAGGACCGCUGCGUGCGCUCGCGCGCCGAGUGGGACGCGGCCGUGGCGCUCAUGGACACGGCGCUGCGGGAGCGGCUCGGGGCCGUGGAGGCCGACCUCAAGGCGCUCACAGGUCCCGGUUUCCGUGACCGCUGGCUGCGCUGGCAGUACACGAGUGAGGAGCAGACCCGGAGAGCGGAAGUGCGCGGAGAGCUGGAAAAGCUGGGCUCCAACAGACCUGCACUCUCGUAUGAUGAGGUGGUAGCAGUGAGGGACAACCUUCGACGUCGCGGCGUGGAGGUGGACAAUGAAUACAUACGAGAAACUUGGCGACCUGUGUACCUUAGGAACUUCCUGCAGCGGGCUCAAGCUCGCGCUCGGGACUGCAAGAAGAGCUUCUACUUGUACAGCCAGCAGAACGGACAAGAGAAGGAGUGCUGCGAGGUGGUGAUGUUCUGGCGCGUGCAGGCCGCGCUGCGCACGACGGCCAACGCGCUGCGCCAGCAGAUCGCCAACAGGGAGGCCGCGCGCCUCGACAGGGACCUACGCGAGGUGCUGGACGAGAUGUCGGCAGAUCCCGAACUUAAGAAGAAACUGCUUUCCGGUAGAAGAGUUGAACUCGCAGAAGAGCUCAAGCGAGUAAGGCAAGUCCAAGAGAAGCUGGAAGAGUUCAUAGAAGCGUUGAACAAGGAGAAGUAGUUAGCUGUUACAAGUUGCCUUGCGGGCCCGUCACGGAAGUUGACACUGCGCUGGUCAGCCCUAAAGUAUUACGGCAAAAAGAAAAUUACAGAAGAAUUUUAAAAAGGCUUCAUAAAUUAAUGAAAUAUGGCGGUUUGCGAUAAGGGUGAUAGACAGUGGCGUGCACAGAGUUUGACACAUUUGACUUGGAAAUGAAUGAAGAAGGAAGAUGGCAUAAAAUGAAAAAUCCUUUUGUUUACGAGUUAUACAAAAAUUUUUAGGUAGGCAUUACUUUUGUGCUUGUAUGAAGUGCACGCCACUGGCGAGAGAUCAUGUCCUUCCCACGCUAUGUGUGGUUUGCGGCGGCGAAUAAAAAGACGUCAGUAUCAAUCCGACAUCGAUUCCACUCAUAUCAUGUAUCACGUGACGUCGCUUGGCUGAUGAUUGGUCGACGCAUGGUCAUUGGUCAACUCGUUCUGGCUCCAAAAUAACGAACAAUUUGCUUUACUUCUCAUAACAUAAGGCUCAUUUUGCAAUGAUUUGAUUAUUGCCGGUAUAAGAUGAGGUGCGGCGCGGGGGCAUCCAACUUCCGUGACGUGCGCUGUACUGUAUAUUAUUGUAGUUAAACCGUUUACUUUUACAGACUACGAUGUAUUUAAUAGAGUAAUCUCGAUUAAGUUAUAUUUAUAAUAAAAUGUUGCACAAAAACUA